AUGGAGCAAACGUACCUUCUCAACUAUCCAGGAGUCAAGAAGAAAAUCCUGGCUGGAGGCCAAGGACCCAUGCCUCAUUUUCCACCUGGAGCAAAGCUGGUCUUCCAUUUCCAGACGCUUCUAGACAACUUUGAACGCACCGUCAUUGAUGACAGCCGGCUGGCCGACAGACCACCUGAGAUUUUUGUAGGAAAGAUGUUCAAGAUGGAAGUGUGGGAGACCCUGCUGACCUCCAUGAGGGUGGGAGAAGUGGCAGAGUUCUGGUGCGACGCUAUUAGCCGACUGGCACAGACUUGCAGCCCCAGGGAAUGCUACCAGUGGGUGUUUCAUUCCGGGCUCCGUGUUCUCUGCUCAUGUUCAAUUCUGCAGCACACAGGUUUGUAUCCCAUUGUGUCCAAGGGGAUGAGGCUGAUUGCUCAAGGAAAAGACCCCCUGGAGGGCCAGAAGCACAUGUGCGGCAUGGGGAACCUGUUCCACUAUCACUCCACUGGGUUCCCAGAACUCGACGAAAUCAUGAGAAAUCCUCAGCCGCUGAUUUUCAUCAUGGAGCUUCUGCAGGUUGGAGACCCCAUGUCGUACCACAGAGAGUCGUGGAUGAUGGAAAAAGACGAGAAGCUGCAGACGGUGCCGAUCCUCCACAUGCAGGGCAACGCUCUGGUCAAGCAGAAGCAGUACAGAGAGGCUGCCAGCAAGUACAAAGAGGCCGUCCUGCUGCUGAAAGUGGUGCAGUCCAGGGAGAUGCCUGGUGAUGCUGACUACAUCAACCUGGGUCGAAUGAUCGUCCCCCUGGAGCUCAACUACUGCCAGUGCAUGCUGGAGCUGGAGGAGUACUAUGAGGUGAUCGAGCACACCACCGAGCUGCUGGAGAAACACAAAGAAUGUGUUAAGGGAUAUUACAAGCGAGCCAAAGCUCACGCUGCUGUGUGGAACGAAAAAGAAGCUCAGAGAGACUUCAAGAUGGUCGCUCAACUGGACAUCACUCUGUCCUCGCUCGUCCAGCGAGAACUGAGGGCUCUGUCCGAGCGCAUGAAGGAGAAGUACUGGGAGGAGAAGGAGCGCUACUGGAACAAGCUGGAGAAAAUGGAGGGGAAAAGUGAGGAGGAGGAGGUGGAAAAGAGGCAACCAGAAGACCCUGAAAGUGUGACAGCAUCCACCGAGGACACACCACAAGACGCAGCUCAAACAGAGGAAGACAAAGAAAAUAAGGUCGCACCUUACGAGGGAGGAAAGGAGGAAGCAAGCUGCUCUGCCGUCAGUCUGAGCAGCUGCGAUGAAAGUGAGGGGAAGGACUGGCAGCAGAUGUUACAGCUGAUCACGUCUCUGCAGAACCAAGGAAACCUCCUCAUUAAAGAAAGGCGCUUUCGAGAAGCGUCUUUCAAGUUCGAGGAAGCUUUGGAGUACGUGGAUGAGCUGAAAGACAGGGUGGACGAGCAGGGCGACCUCUGGCAGUCACUGGAGAAGGUGUCGCUUCCAGUCGUUCUCAACCUCAGCCAGUGCAAGUUGGAGCUGAAGCAAUACCAGCGAGUGGUGGAGCUGAACAGCCAGCUCCUGGAGAAGCAUAAAGAUAACUUUAAGGCGGUGUAUCAGAGGGCGCGGGCACACGCCGCCCUGUGCAAUGAGGACGAAGCCCACAAAGACUUCGCUCUGGCGGAAAAGCUGGACCCCAACUUCAAGCCGUUUGUCCGUCAGGAGCUAAAAAAGAUGGCGGAAAGUGUCCGGGCCAUGCACGCCCGCCAGAACAAGACUUACUGGGACACAACCAGGGAAAAGUGGGGGCACGAUGGAGGUGCUGCCAGACAGAAACAUGCAAACUGUGCCUCCAAAGUCACAGAGGGAAAAAAGGAGGAUAAUGAAGCGGCAGAGGGUAGGAAUGUUCAAGAGGAGGAAAACUCAGAAGGAAACUGCCGUCGUGACAACGAUGCAGCAGCAGCAGGUGGGAAAGAGGAGCAGAAUGAGAGGGCGGGUGAGGAGGGCUUAGAUAAAGAAAACAUAGAGAUGGUCAAGGAUCCUCAAGUUGGGCCGAGUGGAGCAGAUAAUCACUCCAGAGACAAAGAUAGCGACUCUGCUGCCGCCAGCCCAGCCAAAGAUAACGCAGUGAGCAAGAGAUCAGUGAGAGAUAAAGGCAAGAAGAAGGUCAAAUGUCAGUCAGCCGGCACACCGAGCGCAGGCGGGACAAACCCGAGGGGCAAACGCUCCGGUGGUAAGAUGGGAAGAGGAGGCAAAUCCAAGCAAUAAGCUCCCAGAUGUUGUCGAAAGCAGAGUCAAAUGAAAUUGGGGAUUGUACCCCGACAGGUCCAGAUAUUUACACUAAAAGAAAAUACGUACCAGCACAAAGUCGACCUCUCUGUCUUCAGUUUCAAUGUUUAAUCUCAAAGGAAUCAUGCUCUCACACAUGAAGCAAAGACGACAACAGGGUUUGGCAAAUACAAAGUUUUAUUUCUGUACACAAAGAGUAGAAAGCAGCCGUAACCCACUUGUUAUUAUUACAGUAAAAAGCCUUUCCUCAGAAAACCUCCGAUUAAAAAUCCCAGAAAAAGACAGUCAGAGUUCUGGACGACAAAAAAAUAAAUGUUUAUGAGAACACUGAGGGAUGAUAAGUUUAACAAGAUGAAACUGUAACUGAAACGGUUGUUUAUGUGGCAAACGUGACCUUGUUACAUUCUGGUGAACGCCAAGGAGGAUGGAGCGCGGCGCGAAGGCGGGUUUGUUGGCACGAUAACAGAGGUCUGAAGUCUGGCAGAGCAGCUCUUUGAGGUGACUUCUGCCUCUGCGGAGAACUUUAUCUCCAAUCUCCUGUCAUGCCACAGGGAGCAGGGACUGUCAGGCUGAGCGGGAGAGGGCUUUAAUACAGUCAGCCUAUGAAAGGAAUGGAUCUGACCUCCGAUUAUGAAGGGAAUGAGACUAAAUGAGCGUCAGCGCGGGGACCAACUGUAAAUGAUAAUUCUAUCAUUAAUGUAUUUAUGUCAGCUGUCUGAGAGUCAGUCUGACAGCUGCUGACACGAGGGGGAAAUGCCUCCUCGCCUACAUCAUUUGUGCUCCCACUUCUAAGAGCUGUGAUGGGUAAUCAUUAUUGUGUAAUGAGAUGUGUAAAUACCCGUAGAUAAAUGAGGAUGAAUAAACACUGCUUGUCAUGGCUUUUUUUUUUCUCCCACAUUGAGCUCCAUCUAAUGAGUGACACACAAACUCUGGAUGCAUAGAAAGGUUCCACCAAAAAAUGAAGAUCUUCAGCAGCCAGAAGUGGAGAAAACGGAGGAAAACAAGGGGUUUCAUUUGCUCCCCUUAAGGCUAUUAGUGUUAGAGAAAAGAAAAAUGGCAUCACCUAUAGUUGGAAAAAAAAAAAA